CGUCUCCCGCCGGCCGCGUUUCCCGGCAUGCACCCGACCGACGGGAAGUCGUCCGCUCACGUCCACCUUCGCCACUUCCUCCCGUGCGCUUCGCAAGAUAGCCGCCUGAGACGCUCGGAAGGCCCUCGCCGUGGAAAAAGGACAUCAAGUGCGGCGACGGCGCUGUGAUUUCAAGAGUGCGGCGUGUCCACCAUGUUGUCUUCCUUUGACGUUUCCGCGGACGCGUCGCUUCCGCUGACGGCGUCGGCCGCCAUUUUGGCGUGCGCCGUGGUCCUGGCGUUGAUUUGCCUGCGCUGCAGGGACGACGGGUCACCCGGUGCGCGUGAUGAUGGUGAUGAUGAUGCCACUUCCUGUCAUCUGGGCGUCCAACUCAACUGUUUUUUCCCUUGUGUUCCCCGUCACCAGUUUCCAUCCGGGAAGCGAGCAACACCGACGAGUACGUCACAUCCGCUCACUUCAGACUCGUCCGCCAACCAUUACUGCUUCGGAUCGCGGCAGUCGGCGCAGCAGAAGAUCCGACCUGGACCCCACAGAGAGCGAAAGUAACCAUAGCUACCAGAACUCCUACGAUGAACAGGACUUCCCGGAAUCCUCUACCGGGGAUUACUUAAUCGUGUUGCCAGAAGGCGAGGCUCCUGGGACCGAUCGUAGCGGCGCGUCCACGCCGAGCUCAGGUGAACCCCACGACUACGAAAACGUCCGUGAGCGCACGCAGCACUCUCCAACAGGUUGCCGCACUCGCACCCUGACGGACCGCCUGACCGUCUGUCUUACUGUCUUACUUAACGGUCUCUGCUCCUCAGACGACAGAGACUACCUGAACGUGAUUCCGCUGCCCCAAGGAGGAGAGACGCCGUCGUCGUCGUCGUCGUCCCAAAAUGACGACGACGACAGUGACGACAGCGACGGCGAGGGGAAGUACGUCAAUGAAGCCAGCGUGAGUACAGUUAAGUUCUGCAAGCUUUCCGUCCAGACGUCCCGUCAAUCACACGCGGCGAGCAUCAGCUGAGUGACUUUGCCUCGCAGGUGAUGACAUCGCCGUGACGCGGAUGACCGAUGAUGUCGCCUGGCUGAAAUGAUGAAUGAACUAACGUUGAUGACACAUUUUUUUUUCUUUGUGACUUUUUAUGUUGAAGUGACAACUCCUGAGAAUGUUUUUAUUCACACUAGUUUUGUUUUUAUGAAAUUAAAGUUAACAAACAUCA